AUGGCGACUGUGGGUGGAUUCCUCUGGUCACGGUGGGAGCUCGCGUCUCCCACACGUGGGGCCGUGGGGGCGCAAUACUCUCUGUUGACAUCUAUUAAUGGGCUCGAUGGGGCUUUUGGCCUACGAAGGCCCGCUCGUAGCCUUCGGUAUAACUGGCAUCUGAUCCUCCGUGGUGUCGGCCCCAUCCUCUACUCCUCCGUUUCCCACGUGAUCCACAAACCCUACCGCGCCGCGCGGUCCCGCCGCCACCGGUUCCCUCUGCGCCGCCAGCGCGGGAGAAUAUCCGCCGGGCACGAGCGGGAUGGGGGAGGAAGCGCCACCUGCGCCCACGGCGGACAGCAGCCAGGACGCUCCGGUGCUUCCCACCGAGCUCAUCACGGAAAUCCUCGCCCGGCUGCCGGCCAAGUCGGCGGGCCGCUUCCGCUGCGUCUCCCACGCGUGGCUCGCCAUGCUCUCGUCCGCCUAUUUCGUCGAUCUCCACUUGCGGCGAGCCAAUCGGUAGGGUCCGCCUACGACGACCAUCUCCACUCGUGGCGGCCCGGUGGUGCUGUCCAGAAGCUCAUGCCCGACGAUUUCUCGGAUGGGAUAAUCGUGCCUCUCACCAGGCCUUGCCGUGGCCUUAUCCUCGUCCGCGGCACCGACUAUAACGGGUACUUCGUCUGCAAUCCUUCCACUGGUGACGUCCUGCCUCUCCCAGAUACCAAGGCGACGAUGAAGAUGAUCUGGCGGGCUAAAUUGUUUCAGUCCCAACCGCCGCCGCACUUCUUUGAGGUAUCUUACGGCCUUGGUUACUGCGAAGCGAGGAAGGAAUUCAAGGUGGUGCGUUUGUUCUGCAACCCUGAGAGUGAAACUAGGACGGCAAGCUCCACAAGCUGCGACGUGUUUGUGCUCAGCAAGCCUGCAUACUGGAGGCCAGCUGGUGAACCGCCUCCUUUGUGUUGGGUGGAGGAGAAGAAACCGGCUGUUUCCUUAAAUGGGUAUCUGCACUUCCUCUGCCGAGAUGAUGGCAUUGUCACUUUCAGUAUCAGCAAUGAGACCUUUGGUUCCUUGCCACCGCCGUUAGGUUUCGAGGCUGCACCAUCUGUGAUGACAGAGCUCGAUGGAUGCUUAUGCCUGUGCUAUGGAGAACCAGAUAGUGAAGAUCUUUAUCAUGUAUGUGUCCUACGAGAUUACAAUGAAGCCCGCUGGGAGACGCUGUGUUGCAUUGAUCGAACCGCUUGGCCAGACUCUGAGCGCACGCUCCUGGACUCGCUCUGGAUGGCCCCGUUAGGCAUAUAUUACUCAGAUGGUGGACAAAAGAUCAUGUUCGGGACAGGUUCUUGCAAGCCUGUCCAUGGCCUUAAUGUGGGGAGCUGUGCUUCCUGGGAUUUCAUAUGCAAUCCUGCCAUAGGGUAUUGUAAGCACAUAUCUUUUGAUGAUAAUGUUGGAACCUUGUUUGAUGGCCAUAUUGGGUUAGGAUAUGAUUCAGAGAUUAACAAGCAUGUUGUGGUGCAUAUUACCUACAAAGAGGAGAACCUGGAAACAAGAUAUUAUGAGCUACAAUGCAAUAUGAGUGUGAACACAAUUGAUGUAUGGAUGAUGAAAGAUUGUGACCUCUGGUUAGUGGAGUAUCACAUAGAGCUUGAGAAGUUCUUACCAGAUUACUCGUUGGAGAACGCUACACCGUUGGCUAUUGAUCCAAAGGAUGGACGGAUUUUGCUCAAUGCAGGUUGGUCAUUGGGCUACUAUGAUCCCAAGACGGCAGAAAUUGAAACCAUCUACAGCAUGAACAUCUUAGAUCAUAGCUACAAAUUGUGCCCUAUUAUCUGCCAUGAAAGUUUGGUGUGGCCAUUUAGCCUGUCAUAA